GAGUUCAUUCUGUCGUGCCUGACCCUCAACCCAGACAAGCGACCGACAGCUAAUAACCUGCUCUUCCACCGCGUCCUCUUUGAGGUCCAUUCCCUGAAGCUGCUGGCAGCACACUGCUUCAUCAACAACCAGUAUCUGAUGCCAGAGAAUGUGGUGGAGGAGAAGAUAAAGGAACUGGACCUGAACAUGGUGAUGGCAGAGAUCCGGAGAGGGGGUCGGCCUGGAGCACAGUGGAGGUACUCGGAGGUCUCCUUCCUUGAACUCGACAAAUUCUUAGAAGACGUCAGGAAUGGGAUUUAUCCCCUGAUGAACUUCGCUGUUUCCAGACCCCACGCCCUCCCACGUGCACUCUCCCAGCCCCAGGAGGACCCUCAAAAAGCCAAGACUCCCACCCCAGAGCCCUUUGAUGUGGAGACCAGGAAGGUGGUGCAAAUGCAGUGUAACAUGGAGCUGAAUGAAGACAAGACCCAGUGGCACCUUACUCUUCUGCUGAUCCUGGAGGACAAAUUGCACCGACAGUUGAGCUACGACUUGCUGCCCACUGAUAACUCCAAGGACUUGGCCACGGAGCUGGUGCACUAUGGAUUCAUCCACGAGGACGACUGUGAAAAGCUGGCCAACUUCCUGGAAAAUGCCUUCCACAAAUACCGGUCUCCUCCCUUGUGA